AUUAAUUAUGGAUAAUUUAUAACAUAAUAUCUGAAAAACAAAACAAAUCCCAUAAAUCUGGGGGAUUUCAUUAUUUUCUAGAUGUGUCUGUCACUGCCAAAAUAGUCUGUGCUCUUCUACGUCCAAACGUCAAUGCGUAAGGAUGAAACAAAUCGUGACAAAUCAAACGGUUAAAAUCCCGGAAGGGAUUACCGUAAGUACUAAAUCGCGCGUCAUUACUGUAAAAGGACCCAGAGGUAUCUUAAAAAGGUCAUUUAAACAUCUGGCUUUGGAUAUUCGUAUGGUAAAUCCCAGACUGCUGAAAGUGGAGAAAUGGUUCGGUACCAAAAAAGAGUUGGCUGCAGUUAGGACCGUCUGUUCUCAUGUAGAAAACAUGUUAAAAGGAGUAACUAAGGGGUACUUAUACAAGAUGAGAGCCGUAUAUGCCCAUUUCCCUAUUAAUUGUGUUACCACCGAAAAUAACACAAUUAUUGAAAUCAGAAAUUUCUUGGGAGAAAAAUACAUCAGAAGAGUGAAGAUGGCUCCUGGUGUGACUGUAAAGAACUCGACUGCCCAAAAGGAUGAACUUAUCCUUGAAGGGAAUUCCUUGGAGGAUGUUUCGCGAUCCGCUGCUUUAAUCCAACAGUCCACAACAGUUAAAAAUAAGGACAUACGUAAAUUCUUGGAUGGAUUGUAUGUAUCGGAAAAGACAACUGUUAUACAAGAUGAAGCAUAACAAGUAUGUUUAUUAAUAAAGUUUUAAGUUCGUCA